AUGCCGUUUGAAGACUCAAAGUACGAAAUAGAUGAAGAGACACGGAACUUACCUUCAACCGUCAACUAUUUCCCAGCGAUAUCGGAUUUGGAAGAGCAAGUGACUGAAGAGUCAGGGGAAGAUUUUGAUGACUCGGUGUUGAGAAAAAUUAGCUUGUUGCAAAUCAAACUUGAACAGUUACAAUAUUCUAAAGAUUCUAAUAGUUUUGGCCGGUUGAAUUGGAAUUUCAACAAGUUUGCAAGGCAUACGUUAUACGAAUUAGCUAAUGAAGUCUUUGGGUUUAAUGGAUGGUCCACUUCAAUAGAGGAAUGUGUCGUGCUGGAAAUGAAUGAAACCAGUGAUCAAAGGGAAAAUAGUUCUGGGACUGGCGGAUUGGCAGGGAAUGCGUCUACAGAAAACAUGCCAACUUCUACUUCUGCUUCAGCGAUUAAAACACAAGGCGAGAAUAGUAGCACAAGGUACUCCGCAAAGUGUAUUUGCGUGAUUCGUUUGACCUUGAAUGACGGAACAUGGAAAGAAGGAAUAGGUGAAGGUUUUGCAACUAACUUGCCUGAUAAAUAUAUGUGCUAUUCCAAGUGCAAGAAAGAGGCCGUUACUGAUGGAAUGAAAAAUGCAAUCAUUAGUCUACGUGACUUGUACUUCCGAUACGAGCUGAAGAAGAUCAGCAAAAAGUUUUGCGUCCAUUAA